UUUUAGUCGAAAAAGUUGUGUGAACGCGCACGGAUCGGAAGUAAUAGAACUUUACCUGGAACGGGAGUUACGACAAGAGCUCUAUUUAUUGUGAUAUACCAUAUACAAAAUUUUUGAAUAACCCAAGUGUUUUGCCCAGUGAAAUAGCAAUGCGAUCGCUUUACCGAUUAUUCAUAUUUUAUAAUAUAUUUGCUCUUAUCCGAACAGAAGCCGGUGAAUUUGAGAAAUUAAUUAUUCCAUCGUCCUAUGCAAAAGCAUCCAAUGGGAAUUCGAGUGCUUCCCACUCGGUGGCCGCUCGCUCCUACGCUGGUGGCCAGGGCACGAAUACGGAGUGCUCCUUUGGCACCGAGUGCACGCCGCUGCACGACUGCACGGCAAUGAUCUAUGAGGUGGCGAAGAACUGUUAUUACGGCGACAAGUCGCUUUUUUGCGGCGGUGGCGAGGAGAUGCCCUACGUGUGCUGCCCGAGCAGUCCACUGGAGAAGAAUCAGGUGUGCGGCAAGUCGCUUGUGCAGGGACAUUUCUACAAGGGACUCGGCUCGUAUCCCUUUGUGGCUCGCGUGGGCUUUAAGCACAUAAGCACGGGCGCCUUUGCCUAUCCGUGUGCAGGAUCGAUCAUUGCCCGGCGUGUCAUCCUGACCGCCGCCCAUUGUGCGUUGGCCAAGGCCGAUGGCCACCGGCUCUCAUCGGUGCGCGUUGGCGAGUAUGACACCUCCAGUGAUCCGGACUGCGCCAGCACUGGCUUCUGCGCACCACGGUCUGUGAAUCAUGCGAUCAGCCAUGUGAUUGUGCAUCCAGACUAUAAGCAAGGCCAAUAUCAUCAUGACAUUGCGCUGCUGGUGCUCAAAACACCGCUCAAUUACUCGGGUAAGCGAGGGGAAAGGGAACAGGGAUGGGCCGGGCCGGGCGACUCGGACUGGGGGCUGGUUACGCUUCGCAGUGUCAACGUUAAUUAA